AUGGCUGACACACUUGCGGAAGGUUCACUUACCACAGCCCAACGAAAGGUCAGAGGGGAAACCGAGCUCCGCUACAGCCACAUCUUUGAAGCACUGUGGACAAAGCUGAAGGCCCUCAUGCAGACCCCCAAAAUGAGGACCAUACCAGGAGGCGCACCGCAGGGCCCAGCACUCACCGAGGUGCCCGAGCCACGCGGGCACCGGCAAACGGUGCAGUAG